GCCGUGAAGCGGGUGGGGGGCAGGCCUCCCCCACCCCUCUGGCCUCCCUCUGGUCUGGGCGGCUUCAUCUUCUUCUACGUCGUCCUCAUGCUGCUGCUCUGUGUCGUCUACACUCGGCUCCUGGGUUCUUAGGACCUGAAGUCACCCCUGCCCUUACCCCCUCGCCCUGUUUCUAUUUAUAAGACUCCCGUGGGAGCCCCAUCCCCACCGGUGGUGCCUUCAGCCCCUACCAAAGACACUAGUGAGCCCCCUCCCCUCAGAAACACUGACCUCAGAGGCCCCACUCUGGUGCCCCCAGACCCUGGGCCCGCAGCCUCUGGCCCGCCUCCUGUAGCCCCUCCCCUCUCAGCGCUGACGGUGCCUUCGAGCCUCUCCCUGCCCUGCCCUCUGCUUCCCCAGAGGGUGGAUCCUAAUCUCCCCCCCCCCGCUAGGGGGGGCUAAAUUAUCUAUAUUUUGUAGAGAGAACUCUAUAUUUGUAGGGGAUGAGGGGCCCAGGCUGGGUCCCUGUCUCUUGUAUAAAUUGUACAGACUGUGGCCACCUGUGUGUGUGUGUGUGUGUGUGUAUGUGUAUGUGUGUUUGCGUCUGCUCCCUCUGUGCCUGGGCCCAGCCCUGGCCGUGUCCCUUGGGCUCCAUGUGCCAGCCUGCCUACUCCAGCAUUUCCCUCUGGAAAUGUCAGGUCUCUCCUUCCCUCUGAGCCUUGGCCCCCUGUGUCAUCUUCCUUCUGUCACCCACUGGCAGCUUCCUUGCAUCUCAUUUGUCCUCAAGCCAUGUCCAGGGUGCCCCUGACCUUUGUCCCCUACAUGCUGUCAGCCGCCUUUGCCCAGGCUCCUCCAGGGUGCCUUCCACCCUACAGCCGAGAGGAGGAGGUGACAAGAACUUAACCUGGCCCCUCCCUCCAGGAGUCCCUGUGCCAGCCCCACCACAUCCUGGAGGAGGAGGGGGCUCCGGGAAGGGGCCUCCCCUACAUCGCUGCUGUCGUCCACGCACUGCUGGAACGGCCUUAGGGGUUGAGGUCGGGGGUGCAGGGCCGCGACCCGGCCAGGACCCCAGGAACAGAAGACAGACACGCCUGGGCUCUGCUCUCUAGCGAGGACUGGUGAGGGCGGCCUCGGGCCUGGCCCUGUUCCUCGGGCACUUCGGCCUGAGAGAUUGGAAGCCGGCCCAGCAAGGCGCGUGGUCACCUCUGGGUGCGGCCGUGGGUCUGGGAUGGCAGGAGGGCCCUGAAUAUUGUGUCAAGUGCAAUAAAGAGAGGCCAGAAGCCAUCUAGGUUGCCCCUCGGGGGGUGUGUGUGUAUGUGUGUGUGUCUGCGAACGAAAGCUGGGUCGCCCGCAUCUCCACUGGGCGCCACAGGUCCCCCGCCGCCAGGGGGCGCCCACGGGAUCCCGGCGGGAGCGCGCGCCACGUGGCCCGGAAACGCGCUGGGCGCCGGCGUCGCGAGGCCCUGAGAGGUGGGCCGACCUGGGCUCGCGGGGACCGGGACGCUUAGGGCUCCGCUGGCCGCUAAGGGAGGUAGAGCCCGAGUGGGUUCCAGGAGCGGCCAGGCGGGCGGAGGGCGCGGAGGUGCUGCCCAGCCCUGCACCCAGACGGGGCAUGUUGCCCUGGACCCCCCGGCGGUGGGGCGCGGGCGGGGAGCCGGCGCCCGAGGAACAAGGCCCCUGGAUGGGCAGUAACCCCGGCCAGACCUGGGACUCUGGAGAGGAGCCGGAAACACCACCACAGGACAGCCCUCAGCCCAGGUCCCUAAGGCCUUCCUGGACCUGGAAAGAGCAGCUGCUGCCUUGGAGGCCCCCAUGCUUGGCUGCAGAGCGGUCCUCGGGAACCCCAGGUCCUCUCUCCCCCGAGAUGACCUGGGAGGUGGCCCCAUCAAGGAUGACCUUGCUAACACCUUGGGACCCCAACUAUGAGGCUCAAGCAGAACCACGGCAGGUGUGGGGACCCAGCUGUGCAUCUGGUGCCUCCUUCUCAGGCCGGACUUUGUGUCAUCCGUCAUUCUGGCCCCUGUAUGAGGCAGUCUCAGGCAGAGGCCUCAGGCCGGGUCUGACAGGACAUUGGAGCCGAGAGCAGGUGCCGAGGGAUGCAGGGCUCCCUGUGAUGUCCUGUGAAGAUGUCUUUCUUUCAGACCCUCUUCUGCCUUGUGGGCAGCGUGUUCCCCUAUACCUGUCCGAGCCCCCUCAGCAGGUGAUGGGCUCUCUGAAGCUGCUGCUCCCACCCCCGAUCAUGUCCCCCUGGGUGCUCCCCACUCCAUCCUCUGGCUGUCCCACCGCCUGGCUCAGUGGGCCCGAGCUGAUCGCCCUCACCGGUCUCCUGCAGAUGAGCCAGGGGGAGCCGAGGCCCAGCUUCUCCGGGGCUCCCCCGCCCCCUCCCGGCCCCCCAGACCUCGUCUCUGACCACCCGGGUGCCAGUGGUGCCCAAAGCUGUUCUCACUGCACUGACCCAUCUCUCCCACGAACCCCAGACACCCAUGGUCCAUAGCCUCUCUGGGGGCAGAGUGGGCCCCCUACUUCCCCAGGCAGGUUCUGUUGACAAUAAAACAGUGUUGGUUUGCAGACAA